UUAUACACCAAUGUGCAAAAUAGCAACCUCCACCAUUAAUACUAUUAACAUCGUUUACUUUGCACUGAAAUUAUCAAAAAUGAUUUUUAUUAAAUUUUCCCCCAAAUUUUGAUCGGCGUCGGAAACCUCUCACUCUUCCCCUUUCCUUCUCCGCCGUCGAAUUUCUUCCCCACCUUUAAACCCGACCAGGGAAGCCCGCCGAUUCUGCCAAUCAUUUCCCCCUUUCAAAAACCCUAAUUCCCUACUUCAUUGAAAAAAGGGGAGGACAAAUUGUUUAUGUUGGUUGCAGUGUGGGUUUGAGUGUUUAACAGUUACAGUGAGAUUCAGCAAUUUCAAACUCACUAUCUUGAUUUGCUCGAGCUCCCAAAAUCCACGUGGCGAUCUGGGUCUUUGCUUUCCACUUCUCACUCUCAUGCUUAAAUCUCAGUGAGCCCCCUCAACUUAUUUUUGUGUCCAGCUUCUGUGUUUAAUUUUGUUACUUUGGAUUUGCUUGUGUGAAUGUGAAUUGUUACUGGUUUGCGAUUUCCCGACUUCGAUCUGUUGGGGAGUCCCUUUUGUGAGUGCGAUAAAUAGUUUUUCCAGGAUCAUUUUGCUGUUAAUCUAGGGUUUAAUUUAGCUUCGAUCUACUUGCAUUUGGCUUAAAGAUUACAUUUGGCGGUGGACUGUGGCUGCGUUUGCUGAGAAAACUUUGUGGGAAAUGGAGAGCUAGAACUCGAAUUUUUCACUCUUCCAUUGCCGGGUUUGAUUGUUUUUCACUGAUUUGAUAUUCAUGUCCGGAGAAGAAACUAAUCCUUACUGUUUGUUGUUUGUUUACUCUCUUGUUUUUCUGCUUCCAUUUCCCAUUUGCCAAAAAUAGCUUUGACUGAGUGUUGAAUUCGUUCUGAAAAUGGGCUGAAUUUAUGUAGAGAAGCGAUUGAAUCAUGCUUUACUGUUAAAAAACUUUGCUCCCUCGUAGAAAUUCUUUUGAAUUUGGUCUUUUGAAAUUAAUUGUGAGAAAACGUCUGUUGCAGAUAAGGAAAUGUGUUUCUUUGGUGGAAGGAGUCGUCAUCUUGAGCAUUUACGCUUGCUAGGCUGGCCAUAGCUUCUGCUUCUAAGAUUCGUUAUACGCUCAAUCCAAACUUAUCACCUGUAAUGGAAGCAAGCAUCACAGAGGCAAUUCAAGCCAAAGAAAUUGCUGAGAGACGAUUUGCGGAGAAGGAUUUCACCACAGCUAAGAACUAUGCACUCAAGGCCAAAUCCCUUUGCCCGGGACUUGAAGGCAUCUCUCAAAUGCUCGCUACUUUCGAUGUCUACAUGGCAUCCGAGGCCAAAUGCAAUGGUGGCCAAGUUGACUACUACUCAGUCCUCGGCUUAAAACCCACAUCAGAUCGAGACGCUGUGAAAAAACAGUACCGCAAAUUGGCUGUCUUGCUCCACCCUGACAAGAACAAAACAGUUGGAGCAGAUGGUGCCUUCAAACUUGUCUCAGAAGCAUGGACCGUGUUAUCAGACACCCUCAAGAGAGCACCAUGCGAUCUCAAAAAGAAGUACGCCGCGAGCACAUCAGUGAAAAAUCCUUGUCUCGAUACUUUCUGGACAGUCUGCACCUCAUGCAGAGUUCAGUACGAGUACCUUCGUAAGUAUGUGAACAAGCGACUUUCUUGUAAGAACUGCAGGGGUACUUUCAUUGCUGUGGAGACAGGUACAGCUCCAGUUAAUGGGUCGUUUCCCUACAGUCCUUGGAAUUAUGUUCCUAAUGCAAAUGGAUACCCAAAUUACGAUGGGGUUUCUUAUAUCCCUACCACGACGAAUACUACAGUGUAUACUACUCAUGCAUAUGAUUAUGUCCCGAAUGUAUCGUUUCAAUGGGGAUCUUACUCUGCAACUUCUGGAGGUUUAUGUCCUAAUGAAGCUGCAUCUGGAGAUGGGUUUUAUAAGGUUAAUGGAAAUAUUGCUUCUCAUAGAAGGAAGGUUAAGUCUGGGUCGAACGACAAAACGAAAACUGCUCCUCCUCCUCCUCCUGCUGCUGCUGCUGUUGCUGCAGCUACUACUGUCGCUGCUAAUGCGAGCACUAGUGCACCAGGUAACAACUUUGUCGGGUAUCUUACCAAGGCCGGGAGGCCUGAUAAGAGAAGGAAGAUUGUAGUUGGAGCGAGUUUUAGAAAUGGGUUUGAAGAAAAAGAUCCCAAACUUCCAUCGGAAUUAGGGUUUGGUGAUGCACAUGUUAAGCUUGAAUCUGAACCUAAGGCUUCGAACCCGGUUGUUGUUCUGCCUCCUUUUGAUGUUAGGAAGUUUCUGAUUGAGAAGGCGAGGUGUGAAAUUGGAAUAAGGUUGGAAGAAAUGGAGCGAACUGAGGUCCUUAAAGCAGAGUCUGGAAUCUUCUCUGGACGUCUGAGCAACAAGCUACAUAGUAUAACAGUUCCUGAUCCCGACUUCCAUGAUUUUGAUAAGGAUAGAUCGGAGGAAUGUUUCGCACCAAAGCAGAUAUGGGCAUUGUACGACGAAGAUGAUGGUAUGCCUCGACUGUACUGCUUAAUCCGUGAGGUGGUCUCAGUCAAACCCUUCAAGAUUCUCAUCACUUACUUGAGCUCCAAGACAGAUGCAGAGUUUGGUUCGAUGAACUGGAUUAGUUAUGGGUUCACAAAAUCUUGUGGUCAUUUUAGAGCAUGGAAUUCUGAUACCAUUGAUAAAGUCAACGUCUUUUCUCAUCUGUUAAGAGGGCAAAAAGCUGGAAGGGGUGGAUGUGUGAGGAUCUUCCCGAAAUGCGGUGAGAUUUGGGCAGUUUAUCGACAUUGGUCAACCGAAUGGACCAGCUCAACACCGGAUGAUGUGAGGCACAGUUAUGAGAUGGUGGAAGUGCUUGACAAUUACUCUGAGGAUCAAGGAGUCUGCAUUGCUCCAUUGAUCAAGCUACUUGGUUUCAAGACCGUUUAUCAAAGAGACGAGAGACAGGAUGCGAUAAAGUGGGUCCCAAGGCCCGAGAUGUUCAGGUUCUCUCACCAGGUCCCAUCUUGGUCUCUUGACGGAAAGGCAAGCAAUCUUCCUGACAACUGUUGGGAUCUGGAUCCUGCAGCAACUCCUGAUGAACUGCUUCAAGCAAAGGGUUAGUUCUUUCAUUACGGACGGGGCUAUGAUUUCAUUACAUUGUUACAGAAGGUGACGAUGGUGAGGUUGGUGGAUGUUUAGGUUGACUGUACAAUACUUGCAUACAUGGAUGGCUCAACUAAAGACGCUAUCUUUAUGCAAAUAUUUGACUCCAAAUAUGAUUUUUAGAUUUUUUAUCAGUUUUAUCAUUAAUGUUUCUUACUGAGGGAAGAAUUAAGUGAAAUGAUGAAGAACCCAGGAAGUCUGAGAGGUUGAGGGAGAGCCUUGCUAUUGCGUCGAAUUGCGUUCAGGCUAAGGGGAGAGUUUAUAUCUCUGUUUCUGUCUGAAUGAGCUCUGUUGUAACAGUUUAGUGUAGUGAGAAGUGGUUGAGAGAUUUGAGACAGUCGCUUCUCAGACGUAAAAUGGUAACGUCUUUUUUUAAGUGCUUAGUCUCUGCCUCUGUCUAUGCAUCUCAAAGCACGUCUUUCCACCGGCUUAAAGCAUAGUUGCAUCACUUAAUCCCAGCAUCUUGUCAGAUUUGCCGUAGAUGUUUUCUUUAUGUUCAAUCUAUCCAUUCUAAAACCACUCCAAACUAGGUUCUAAGUUUGACCCUUAAAACCCACCGACCCGCCUCGACCCUUAGGGUCGGGCUGGAUCAGUUUGUCUAUAGGGUCAAUUUAGGGUCGGGCCGGCUUAGGGUCGGGUCAGGGUCAGAUAGGGUCGGGUCAUUUUUUGACCCUAUGACCCUUAGCAUCAUACAAACAUGUUGGACCUAUUUGUAAAAUUUUAUAAGUUUAGGUACGAAAUUGUAAAAAUUAAAAAAUUUGGGUACCAAAACGCAAUUUUACCAUCAAAUUUUAGGGACUUAUUUGUAAAAAAAUUAGGUACUAAAAUGUAAGAAAAAAUAAAUUCGGGUACCAAAUUGUAUUUUUAGAAAAAUAGUCUAUUUAUUAGGGUCGACCCACUGACCCGACCCCUUGACCCUUCAAGGGCGGGUCAGACAGGGUCAGGGGCGGGUCGGGCCAAUUUUCAGCCCUACUCCAAACAACUUGAGUUAUAGAGAGUUUUUCAUUUUUCGCCCAUAUAAACUUUAUUUUAGAGUUACUGAUGGGUCCUGGACAUAUAGGUGUCAAAACAUGACCCGACCCGAGUAACCCGCCCAACCUACCCGAUCCGCGACCCGCCCGCAAUCCGAUUAGACUAAAAGUCAAAGACCGGCAACCCGCCCGACCCGUAACCAUCUUGACCCGCAACCCGCUUAACCCGCAACCCGCUUGACCCGCAACCCGCUUGACCCGAACCCGAUUGACCCGCAACCCGCUUGACCCGCAACCCGCUUGACCCGUAACCCGACUAACCCGAACCCGCCCGAUUGGCACGAAUAAUACUACAUAAUAUAUUUUUGUGCAUAAAUAUUAGGGUUAAUACCCUAGUUUGGCCCGAAGUUUGGCUUAAGUGACAGUUAUGGCCCUAUUUUUCAAAUAAGACAUUUGUGACCUA